UUAAUUCCCGCGGGGAGAAGCCGGGGCCUCGGGACCCCGGGUUGCAGCCAUGGCGCUUCGCUGGGGUGUCGUGGCUGUCGGCCUCAUCUCCAGCGACUUCACCACCGUGCUGCGGAUGCUACCGCGCUCCGAGCAUCAGGUGGUGGCGGUAGCGGCCCGCGACCUGAGCCGGGCGAAGGAGUUUGCACGGAAGCACGACAUCCCCAAGGCUUAUGGCUCCUAUGAGGAGCUGGCCAAGGACCCCAACGUGGAGGUGGUCUACGUCGGCACCCAGCACCCCCAGCACAAGGCCGCCGUGUUGCUGUGUCUGGCCGCGGGGAAGGCCGUCCUGUGCGAGAAGCCCCUGGGCGUGAACGCCGCCGAAGUGCGCGAAAUGGUGGCCGAGGCGCGGUCCCGCGGCGUCUUCCUCAUGGAGGCCAUCUGGACCCGCUUCUUUCCUGCCCUAGAGACUCUGAGGUCUGUUCUGGCCCAGGGUACUCUGGGGGACCUUCGGGUGGCUCGGGCAGAAUUUGGGAAGGACCUUACCCAUGUACCCCGAGCUGUAGACUGGGCCCAGGCUGGCGGUGGCCUGCUGGACAUCGGCAUCUACUGCAUCCAGUUCAUCUCCAUGGUCUUUGGUGGGCAGAAGCCAGAGAAGAUUACAGCUGUGGGAAGGCGCCAUGAAACAGGUGUGGACGACACAGUGACUGUGUUACUCCAGUACCCCGGAGGGGUCCACGGAAGCUUCACCUGCAGCAUCACAGCUGAGCUCUCCAAUACGGCUUAUGUGAGCGGUACCAAGGGCUAUGCCAAGGUCCUGGACCCCUGCUGGUGCCCAACACAGUUGGUGGUAAAUGGAGAGCAUAAGGAGUUUUCGCUGCCCCCAGCCCCAAACAAGGAGUUCAACUUUACAAAUGGACCGGGCAUGACUUACGAGGCGCAGCAUGUCCGGGAGUGCCUGCGCAAAGGCCUGAAGGAAAGUCCGGUGAUUCCUCUGGCGGAAAGUGAGCUCCUGGCUACCAUCCUUGAGGAGGCAAGGAAGGCCAUUGGGGUCACCUUCCCCCAAGACAAGCGCUGAUGCAUGUCCUGAAUAAAUAAAGACAUAGUUUGCA